AUGGAAGCCCCGGUAAAGCUCGAAGAAUAUGAUCCAGAUGAGAACAAGACUCGCUACGAAUCAGGCGGAGAGAUCGCGCAGACCCUAGCCACAAUAGACAAGGUCCGCCAUCCAGUGAAGCCACUCAAGAAAGUUGCCGAGAAGCUCCAUGUCACUAGCAGGAGAAACAAACGCGACGUGGAUGUCUACCCGUUCGCUCGGAAGACUAUCAAACUCCCCGCCGCCGCGGAACUCGAGUUACUCGACGCGGCCAAGCAAGCAUUUUUAAAGGAGGUGCAAAUUCUGCGCCACGCCCAGCAGUGCCACCAUGUCGUCAAACUAAUCGAGGCGUAUGCCGUGGGUGGGAACAAUCCGUGCCUGGUGGCCGUGAUGGAGCGCGCAGAACACGACUUGGAGACGUUUCUUUCCGCUGCAACUCUUGAACAGCAUCACCUCGACCGCAUACGCCAGUGGUUCACAUGCCUCGCCAGCGUCGUCGACGACAUCCACGACCGCGGCAUCCGCCAUAGGGACAUCAAGCCCGCAAACAUUCUGAUUAAGAACGGGGAGGUCCUCCUGUCCGACUUCGGCAUAUCGCAAAUGGGAAUCGUGAAGACGCUCUCGACGACGAUGCCCGAGUUUGCCCGCGCGAGGUCCGUACCCUAUUGUGCCCCUGAGGUAGAGGACGGAAGCAGCCGCGGUCGUUCCGCCGACAUCUUCUCGCUAGGAGCUGUUUUCCUGGAGAUGCUCGUUGCGCAUUCGUAUUCUGGCCGGAGGGCCGAACUCCGGAAAGAUUUGAGAGUGCCUGGUCUUGGUGACGGGGCAUACUCGUAUGCCUUCCGGCUCGACAAUGUGCAUGGAUGGAUACGGAAGUUGGAGACAAACGCUACUGGUGCCACGGAUCAGACAGGAGGCAACUUACCUGAGUGGCGUCUGUCCAUUAUCCAUCUGUGUCACGAGAUGUUACAGGAGGAUCGCGAUAAACGGCCUCAGGCUUCCCAGAUAGUCCACAGGCUUCGGAACAUGCCUUCAACAGGGUUGGCCUGCCGCUGUACUUCAGCCGAUUGGGCCGUUUCAAUGACUGGGGACUCGGACGCGCGACCCAAGCUGAUUGAAGCUUGCAAACGUGGUUCACUAUCUGACGUGCGACGUCUUAGUGACCGCGUGGACCUAGCGGAAAUAGGAGCAAUCCACCUAGCCGCGGCGCGAAACCAUCUGGAUAUCGUGGAGUUUCUGCUCGAGUCCCGUGUCGAUGUCAAUCUCUGCGACUACAGCAGCCAGACUGCCCUACAUUGUGCUGCAGGAAAUGGAUGCAGAGAGAUAGUUCAGACACUCCUAACACGCUAUAAAGCCGAGGUCAAUCUCGCGGAUGUCGAGGGCCGGAGGGCGCUUCACUACGCGGCUGGCGGCGGUUACGGGGAGAUCGUCGAUAUGCUG